AAAUUUUGAAGUGGCGUAGGUUAUACGUGUUGGCAUCUGGCUAUUUUUCUAUAACUUACUAAGAGUCCACUCGGAGAAAUUUAGUCUACAAUGAAGCACCUCUUUCUACCACUCAAGAUCGCUCUUGCCGCUAACUCUUUUAGCGUUCUCUUCAAUGUCAUCAAUGAUUGCGAUGAAACAUAUAACUAUUGGGAGCCUUUACAUUUCAUUUCAACAAACGGUGAAGGUGGUGGCUUCCAGACAUGGGAAUAUUCACCUUCUUUUGGCCUUAGAUCUUAUUUGUACCUAUGGUUCUUCGGUUGGCCUUCUUAUUUAUCAUUCUUUAUGGGGUUUCCAAAUUGGCUUGCAUUUUUGUUAGUUCGUUUUUUUCUAGGACUAGUUUCUGCUGUUUCUGCUAGUUUACUUUCUUCCACGGUAGCUACUUACAUCUAUUCGAAUAAUCAAAAGCAAAUUGGCGAGCUAGACCUAACCAAAAGAAAGGUAUUAUUCUCUUUUCUGCUAUCAUUUUGUUGUUGUAUAUCCCCAGGAAACUUCCUAUCGUCAACAACGCUUCUCCCUAGUGGACCAUCCGCUUCUUUAACCGCUCUGAUGUUGGUAUUUUGGUUAAAGCGUUGUUACUUCUUGGCUGUUGGAUGCGUUGCUUUUACGGGUCUUAUUGUUUGGCCGUUUGCCGCCGUCCUUGGCAUUCCUUUGGCAGUAUAUAUGAUGUUUAGCGGGAAAAUGUAUCGUUUGGUUAAGUUGGUAAUCUUGUGGACGUUCCUUCUUGUUCCCCCUCUCGUCCUUGUUGAUUCCUUUUACUUUGGUCGUUUCAUCUUAGCACCUUUUAAUAUAAUCCGCUACAAUUUAUUCCCCCAAAUCAAACAACAGUCUGGAAGUGCUUCGCAAUUGUAUGGGACGGAGCCCAUAUCAUUCUACAUCAAAAAUUAUAUUUUAAAUCAAAACUUGCUGUGUAUUUUCGCCCUGCUGUUACUACUAAUCUCUGCGGUAAAAUACAUCUUACGUCCUUUGUUUCAAACAAAAAUUGUCUCUGUAAGUGGGCAUUCUGAUACGAAUACAUCAUUACCUGAUAUUCGCUUGAUUGUAUGCAGUUCUUUGGUAAUUUGGAAUGGCAUAUUUUUUCUUCAGUCUCAUAAGGAAGAAAGAUUCCUGUUCCCGUGCUACCCUUUUAUUUCAGUUGCGUCGGCAGUUUUCAUGUUAGGGCUUAUCGAAACUUUUAAUUCCAAUACUAGGCCUACAUACAUUAGACACAUAGCUUUGUUCAUUGUGCUUGUUUCAUGUUCAGUUACAUUUUUACUGACUGUCUCUCGCAUAUUUACCCUUAUACGUUGGUAUAGUUCUCCAAUCUUUCUAGUCAAACACAUUCCCGUUCCGUCAUUUCAGUCUAACAAACCUUUGUUAUGUAUAGGGCGUGAAUGGCAUUAUUUCCCAAGUAGGUUCCUUCUCCCGGGAGGCGCUGAGAAUUGGCGCAUUGGAUUUGUCCAAUCAGCAUUUUCUGGUCAGUUGCCAGGUCAGUUCGCAAAACCUUUAUCAAAUGGUGUAGUGUCAAGCUCUACAAGGAUUGACGGGAGUCAUUUCAACUCCGAGAAUGUAGAAGAGAUUGAUAGAUUUAUCACGAACGAGUCUAACGAAUGUACUUAUAUUUUGGAUCGGGAUUCUCCUCCUGGUGUACGUGAAAAAUGGUAUGUAGCGGACCAAAAGACUUGGUUUUCUCUUGUUAACCGAACUACUAUUGAGCCUAAUAAUUACAAUCCUGACGAUAAUUUGCUUGGUCAGAGUUUAACCUUCCUUCGCCAAUUUCUAAGAAUUUUUUACAUUCCUAUUCUUUCAGAAAAAAUAGACCACAGAAUUUAUUUGCAUAUUCUUGCUCGUUAUGGUAACGAACUGACUGUAUAACUUGUUUCCGAUCUCUAACUCUCCUUCCUCUACUUUUUGGAAGGUUGCUAUGAUGUUUUUAUUGACCUGUUCUUUUAUAUGUCCACUUCCUCUCCUUUCAUGUUCAGUUCAUUUCAACUUGGUUCGUGUAUAUGUUUGUAACAAUAUUAAAGAUGGCUUGUUUAUUUUUCCACUACUUGGUUCACUUAGAAACAAAUAAAUGAAAAGACAUUCCUAGUUCUUGGAG